UUAAAAGGCAUUCUUAGCAUAAAAAUGGGACAUAACACAUUAAAAAGGGUGAAAAAUAAAGUGGUAAAUUAGAAGAUGUCUUUGUUAAUUGUGUUUUUUCUUUACAUUAUAUAUCAAUCAGAGUCAUCAUGAAUAAAUUUGGCAUGUUAUAGCAAAUCCAAAGCACACAGAUAAAUGUUGUGCUAGUUUACGUUUCACAAGCUAGCACAUGUUGGUGAAGAUCAGCAAGUAGGAAUUGCCAACUCAUAAACCAACACAAUAUGAACUACAAAGAAGACAGAUGUGAAAGAAAAGGAAAACUGUGUUAAUAGAAAAUGGAGUAGAGAAUUAGAGAUAUACAAGGAAAUAGAGAGGGAGAAGAGGAAUAAACAAAAAAAAAUACUGGAAAUGAGAUGAGCAGACAGAAUAAAAGGAAACAAAUUGGAGCGAAUUCAUACCAAAGUACACAGUUAUUUUUCAAUUUUGGCCAUGUCCUGGCACGACCCUCAUUGUGGGCCUUUGCAACAAAGUAAAAUGGAUUAACUAAAUCGGUUUGUAACUACUCCAAAUUUUUUCCUAGGAUCUGCCUCAGUAUGGAUAGACUAGAUAAUCGUGUAUAUUUAGGUCUCAAAUGUUGUAAAAUCUGACCAAACAACAGAGUUGCGGAUUAAACAAAAUAACUGACUUGCAUAAUAAUAGCUUAGUCAUAUCAGUUCUAGAUCUCUAGCAAAGACACAUUCAUACUUCCUGAACAUUCUUACGUGCACGCACUUUGCACGUGAGGGAGUUUUAUACCAGUGGUGUGGUCCAGGUGGGGACCAGGGAUUUCGGGUCCAGAAGAUCCAGCUCCGAUUUAGAUGAGAAAGACAUAUUUGUUGAACGUGUUCGAAUUGAGAAUCUGAAAAUGAGCAUGAAAAACCUGACGAACAAAAUUACACUCCAAGAACCAGCUUUUGACAGGAUGAUCCUUGUGUACAGACAGGCCAGCACGGGAAACAAUCCUGACCGAGGAAUCUAUAUUAAGCAUUUCAAAAACAUUCCUAUGGCUGAUAUGGAACUCGUUCUGCCUGAAAAGAAGAACCCAAGUUUAACUCCAAUGGACUGGGUUAAGUUCCUCAUUUCUGUUGUGCUUGGUCUUGUUACUCUUGUUGGCUCUCUUGAAAUGCUGAAGGCGGAUAUCAGGGUUGCCAUAGCUAUCCUCUCUGGUCUCAUUGGCUAUUGCGCUAAGAUCUACUUCACGUUUCAGCAGAACUUGACGACUCACCAAAACUUAAUCACCAAAUCGAUGUACGACAAACAACUUGACAGUGGAAAAGGCACACUUCUACACUUGUGUGAUGAUGUGAUUCAACAAGAAGUCAAAGAGGUCAUAAUUUCUUUCUUCAUUUUGAUGGAGCAAGGGAAAAUGCCAAUAGAUGUUCUUGAUAAUCAAUGCGAACGACUUAUUCAAGAGGAGUUCGAUGAAGAAUGCAAUUACGAAGUUGAGGAUGCGGUUCAAAAGCUGGAGAAACUCGGCAUAGCUGCAAGAGAUUCCGUUGGAAGAAUCUACUGUGUUCCCCUGAAACAGGCAAACAAGACUAUCAAUGUUUCGGAGUCGAAAAGGUUAGGCUUCAAGCACUUAAUGGCGAACCAGCCCGCUCCAGGCCGGCCGUGGCUGCUCCGGCUCGCCUCACAGGCGCGGUUUGAAGCACCUGUGCAGCCUCCGCAACCUCAGCCACCGGCGCCAUAGCCGACGACUCAGGCUCUUGCUCGUCCUCCUAUAACCCCACUGGCCGGGCCGACUGCGCCUCCACCUCCACCGGCUGCAACACCCGCGGCACCGGUCACCGAAGCUCUUCCUCCAGUGGGGAAUAACAGAGACGCUACGGAUGUUAUCCAAAGCCCGGUGAUCUCCUCACCUACGGAGGGGGCGCCGCCACCUCCACUGGUGGAAACAGCAUCGUGGCCCGCAGUGGCAAUCGAUGGUGUGCUUCCUCGAAGGACUAACGGCGAUGAGACAACAGAGAUUGUCGGAAGCCCUUUGGUGGCCUCGCCGGUGGCGCCGGCACGAGAGCGCUCGCCGUCCCCGAGGCUGAGAGGAGAGGCAGCGCCGCAAACGCGUGCGGGCUCGCCGCCCCCUGCAAGGUCGGUGGUAGAGGC